GGCGGCCCUGCGGCGCCCCACUGGCAGACUCGGCAGCGGCGGCGGCCUGGGUGGACGGGGGUGCUGUGCGCAGGCGUGGAGUCCGGACCUCGCUGCAGCCCCGGUCGCCUCAGGGCGUCGCACCCACGAACUCUGCCUACCGUCCCGCCAGUGUGUCCGUCAGUGCCAGCCUCCGCCCCCCGCCCCGGCCCCGGCCCCCGCCGCCCCGAUGGCUGAGCUGAGGCCUAGCGGUGCCCCCGGCCCCGCCGCGCCCCCGGCCCCAGCCUCGGCUCCGGCCCCCGGCCCCGCCGCGCCCCCGGCCUUCGCCUCACUCUUUCCCCCGGGGCUACACGCCAUCUACGGCGAGUGCCGCCGCCUCUACCCCGAGCAGCCCAACCCACUGCAGGUCACCGCCAUCGUGAAGUACUGGUUGGGUGGACCGGAUCCCUUGGACUAUGUUAGCAUGUACAGGAACUUGGGAAGUCCAGGUGCAAAUGUCCCGGAACAUUGGCACUAUGUUAGCUUUGGACUGAGCGAUUUAUAUGGCGACAACAGAGUCCACGAGUUUACAGGAACAGAUGGACCCAGUGGCUUUGGCUUCGAGUUGACAUUUCGACUAAAAAGAGAAACAGGAGAGUCAGCUCCACCCACAUGGCCAGCAGAAUUAAUGCAGGGCUUGGCCAGAUAUGUGUUCCAGUCAGAAAACACCUUCUGCAGUGGUGACCAUGUAUCCUGGCACAGCCCUUUGGAUAAUAGUGAGUCAAGAAUCCAGCACAUGCUCCUGACUGAGGACCCCCAGAUGCAACCUGUGCAGACUCCCUUUGGGUUGGUUAUCUUCCUCCAGAUUGUUGGUGUUUGCACAGAAGAGCUACAUGCAGCUCAACAAUGGAAUGGGCAGGGUAUCCUUGAACUACUUCGAACAGUCCCUGUAGCUGGUGGUCCCUGGUUAAUAACUGAUAUGCGAAGAGGCGAGACCAUAUUUGAGAUCGAUCCACAUCUGCAACAGGAGAGAGUUGAUAAAGGGAUUGAGACAGAUGGCUCCAAUCUGAGUGGAGUGAGUGCCAAGUGUGCCUGGGAUGAUCUGAGCCGGCCCCCUGAGGAUGACGAAGACAGCAGGAGUAUUUGUAUUGGGAUGCAGCCUCGGAGACUUUCUGGCAAAGAUACAGAGCAAAUCAGAGAGACCCUGAGGAGGGGGCUAGAGAUCAACAGUAAACCUGUCCUCCCUCCAAUCAAUACCCAGAGGCAGAAUGGCCUGAAUCAUGACCGAGCACCGAGUCGCAAGGACAGUUUAGAAAGUGAGAGCUCAGCAGCUAUUAUUCCCCAUGAGCUAAUUCGCACACGACAGCUUGAGAGUGUACAUCUGAAAUUCAACCAGGAGUCUGGAGCAUUAAUUCCACUUUGUCUGAGGGGCAGACUGUUACAUGGACGGCACUUUACGUAUAAGAGUAUUACAGGGGAUACAGCCAUCACAUUUGUAUCGACGGGAGUGGAAGGCGCAUUUGCCACUGAAGAGCAUCCAUAUGCAGCCCAUGGACCCUGGUUACAAAUUCUGUUGACUGAAGAAUUUGUAGAAAGAAUGCUGGAAGACUUAGAAGAUUUGACUUCUCCAGAGGAAUUCAAACUUCCCAAGGAAUACAGCUGGCCAGAAAAGAAACUGAAAGUCUCCAUUUUGCCGGACGUAGUGUUUGACAGCCCGCUGCACUAGCCCUGAAUUUGGCCCCUUCCUUCAGAUGACCAUGAGAGCCCGGCCUAGCUCCCCAGUGACUCCACAGUGUAAUGAUUGCAGUAAAAACGAUUCCUGCAAAUAAAAGGAAAAGAGAGAGGAUUACUGCACAGCCACUGCAGCCCACAAUGGGGUGUGUACACAGGGCCUGGCCCCGGUUCCCCUCCACUUCACCUCUUAUCUGGGGGCCAGGCCACUCCAGGCCCAUUAGGAGUGAAUGAGACCUUGUUGCAGCUCAGCUCAGGUCCCUUCAGACUAAAUGAGUGGCUAAUGAUGCCUUCAUUCCAUCUCUGGCUCUGGUUUGGGGAUAUGGCUCUAGGACCCCUGACUUUCCCACAAGCUCUGACCUCACUCCUCUAUGCUUGCCCACUUCCUGCAGGUCUGGGGAAGAGCCCUAGAUCCAUGGAUUAAAUGUGCUGGCUCCUCCUGACUCUGGAAACCUUUUGUUAGUCAAAUUCCUCCUGGCUACAGAACAAUUCCUCCGAGUAUGUUUGGGUUUUUUGUUUUGUUUUUUUGUAUUUUAUUUUUUAGAAACCAUAUGGUAUUUAAUUGCUCCACAAAGGUGUCUAGAAGCUGUCAUGCAUAUUGGUUCUGUUUUUGUUUUAAAUGGAACUGGUUUUCAAGUUGAAUUUUCUUCUCUUGGAAAAGGGCGAUAGCUACCCUUUCUCCUUCCCACAUCCCCCCACCCCCACCCAGCCAAGUCACUAGAAGGUGCUUAGUGGUUUGCCUGCCAACGAAUAGCUUUUGUAGGGCCUUUUGGACCGAGGGACUUUUCUUCAGCAGCUCAUAAGCCAUUUUGGCUCCAUUGGAAAGGUGUUCAGAAGCAGGAGGCAUCUAGGUAGGAUGGGCUGAAGCUACAUCUCAGGAGACCUGAGACCCUCUUAACAAGAUAUUAGGUCCUGGCCCAACCCUUACUAGGAAAGGCUGUGUUCUUUGCCAGGUGGGUUGGGCUCUAGAAGCCUCGGGGAGCCCCUUGGCCUGAAACCGGCGCCUGUGAGGCGUGAGGACUGCAGCCAGCACUGCCCAGACUCUUGGAAACUUGGAGAAGAUAUCAGCCUCGCCUUCUCAGUGGGCUUCUCACUCCGGGGAAAAGGAGUGUCUUGGCCCCUGUAGGCACCUCCCCCACCUCCAGCCAGCUCAGGGUUUGUGUGACCUUUUAGGUCCCCAUUCUCUCUUCUCCAUUCUUUCUGAUCUCAUCUUCCCUCAGGCCCCCACAGCUCCAGGCUCUAGGAAUUUCUAGUUUAUUAAAAGCUGAAAAAUAAACUUCCAACAUCUGUCUUGUUAUCAUUUUGCAACAAACAGCACAUUCCACCUCUUUCUUCCUAAAUUCAUUUAUUUCCUUUAUUUUUUCCUUUUCCUCUCAUCUCUCCCUCUAGACUUUGUCUUCUUUCCUUUGUCCCUGCAUGUCUGGCCUCUUCAACUAUAUUUCUGGCUUCUUUCCCACUAACAUGCUCUGCUUUAUUCAGUAUCUCUUUUCCUUGCACUUCUGUCCCUCUCCCCCUGAAUCUCUGGCUUCUCCCUUUGCAUUUCUGGCCAUUUUCCCACUAGCAUAUUUUUGUCUUCUCCUGGCCUCUAUCUUCCUGCAUCUCUGGCUUCUUUCUCCUAUCUCUAUUCCCUCCUUCCCUUUAUCUCUUCCAUCACAAAUCCUUUUCUGUCUCUCCAAGUACCUGACCGCUCAACUUUACAUGACCUGCGUCUCCACCAGGACAGCCCACCACCUGAAAGAACACCAACCCCAUUCCGGUCUCCCCAGGCUGCCUUUAGGUUCUGCCCACCCCUAACCUGAAGCUGUUUUAGCCAUGGAAUUAAGGGACCGUUUCUGGCACCAUCCAACACACACCUCCAUAACAUGAAAAGUAUACCACGGCCAAGACAUUGAUCGCAGAUCCCAGAAAGCUGGCACAAGAGAUGACAACCCCUCUGGGGCCCAGGGAAGCAAAGGACUGCCCUGAUCACUUCUCGAGGCAAGAGCUCAACAUCAGUCUUAGAACCUAACCCUUUUUUGAUAGUAAACCAGACAUGUUCUUGUGGACUACUAAUGAAUCUUAGAUGUGAAGACAAACCCAAUCUUUCCCUGCGUUUUCCAAGUGCAUCAUCUAAAAGUGCUUUAAGAUGAGCAUCUUUCAUGAAAAUUGUGGGUGUUGCCUGGGGGCUCCAUCUUCAUCCCAUGUUCCUCUUUACAGCUGAUUGUAGAUGUCAUGGACCCCAGCUAGUUGACUGCCUUCUUAGUAUCUCUGACUCCAGCAGUGUUCUUUGGUCUCAGGAUUUUUCCAGGAAGAAUGAUUUUAGCCUUAACCUUGAAAUGCUUCCAAUUCAUCCCCUAAUCCCUCUGCUGCCACCAUCUCCACCUCUUUUAAAUUCUUCCACUCCUCUGCCACAUGGAGUGGGAAGAAAGGUGCUACCAGCUUGACCCCCCCAUCCUCCUACCCCCCCACCCCCAACUACUCCAGGCCUUCCACCAGGGCUCAUUGCCUCUCUACCCCACAGUCCUCUUCUCCGGCCCUUAAUUCUAAUCUUAGAUCUAAUCUAACUUGUCUAAGGCAGAGCUCCUCCUUGGUGCCCAAAGCACCAGGUGAUGCAUGAGGAGGUUUGGGAUUGAGUUUUCAUUAUCAGUUAUCAGGGACCUGGUAAUCCUGGGUGAAUGGAGAGAGCGAUAUAAAGGAUAGCCUAGCUCAGGGUGAAAGGUGGAAGAAUAUACAUGGCCCAGAAAGCCCACUCGACAGUCUGGCAGGUCAGUGGCCACAGACCCAUCUUAACCCUUCUUAUCCUAAGAAUUGUUCCUUCUGGGCCCAGAAGGGCUUCAUGUCCUUUUUCCAAAGUACUUUCCAUGCAUGGUUGUGUAUGUAUAUGCUGCCUUUGUAUUGGCUUUAGUCAUUCCGUUGGUGAAAGUUGGAAAGGAACUACAAGUUAGAUGGUCUCUAUAGUUUUUCUGUUCAAGAUUUUCAAGAAGAGUGGAACAGCGAUUAUCGCCAAGUUCUUUGCUGACCCAGCUUUCCCUUGGACUUUGUAGACAUCUUCCAGGCAGAAACCCUCCAGAAUUUGUACCCUGAACUGGUAUCUUUUCUUCCUUUUCCUACCUUGAACUCUCCCAGCUCCAAGGGAUUUGUCGGUGAUCCCACUUAGGACUAUUUUCUUCUCCCACAGUCUCCUCCUGUCUCAAAUUCUAUGGUAGCCUCUGACAAAGGGAGCUUCCCAUAUCUUUUCAUCCUGAUGGCUCUCUGAUUGGAUAAAUCAAGUCUGACAGGACAGGAGGAUUUUGAAAAUUUUGGGCAAAGCUUGUCAUUAUCACUUAGCACUUCUGAGCAACUACCCUUUAAAGGCUAAAGAAUUGCUCACCUCCACCUCUCUGGGUCUCUAGGAAUUCAAACAUGGCCAUAUUCUAUCUUAAGAACACUCUGGUCUUGCCUUGUCUCUUUCUAAAGAGAUGGCCCAAGAAAUGAGAUGGAAAGAGGUCUCAGGGAUCUGAAAGGCGAGAGCACUUUUUGAAGAGAGACAGACCUAAGACUGUGUAUGGCCUGGAUUUUGAAGAUUGGUGGGGCUGAACUCUUGACAUUCUACUGUGAAAGAGUCCCCCUUUUCUGCUUUUUAAGAAGGCUCUUUUCCUCUCUGGCUUAGAGGACCUUUUGCCCAAAGAGAAGUGCUAAGUGUCCUGCCUUGAGUCAGGAUACUGUAACUCAACUUCUCAUUUUGUUACAAAAAUCUGAAAGCUGCUUUAAGCGGAGCUUUUUUUAAUCUUUUGUAGUAAUUUCUAUUGUCAGAGUGACUUGGUUCCUGGGCACUGUGGCAGGCCAGGACUUUUGUAAGAAUUUUUUCAGUGACUCACUGAAACGGUUUCCUUCCCACCCCCUCUCCCUCAGUGUAAUCUAAGUGCAUUAAACAUGUUUGCAGAA